AAAUUUUGGCUUUAAAAGGGGACCAAGUAGAAUCUCAGCUACAAGAGCUUGCUUUUCUAACAUGGAUGUAGAGAGAGUGUUUCAUAUGAGUGGAGGAGUGGGCAAGACUAGCUAUGCCCAGAAUUCUUCUCUCCAGAAAAAGGCUUCAGACAUGAUGAAACAUAUAACCAUGGAAACUAUACAACAGCUCUACCAUGAAGUAACAGCCAAGAGCUUAGGGAUAGCUGAUUUAGGAUGCUCUUCAGGACCCAACUCAUUGUCCCUCAUCAAAGACAUUGUCGAAGCCGUUGAAGGAAGUUGCCAUAAGACUUGUCGUCCGUUACCAGAGUUUCGAGUUUUCCUCAAUGAUCUUCCAACAAAUGACUUCAAUUCGGUUUUUAAGACCUUGCCUGAUUUCUAUAGGGACCUUAAAAAAGACAAAACUGAAAGGUGCCCGGCUAUUUUCAUAGCAGGUUACCCUGGUUCAUUUUAUGGCAGACUAUUCCCAAACAAUUGCUUGCACUUCAUCUAUUCUUCUUACAGUUUGCAUUGGCUCUCCAAGGUUCCCCCAUCUCUUUACGAUGAGCAUGGCAAGUCUAUCAACAGAGGGAACGUUUACAUAUCGGAAUCGAGCCCUCCAAGUGUGUCCCGAGCGUACUGGAACCAGUUCCAGGAAGAUUUUUCAUUGUUCCUGAAAUCACGAUCAGAGGAGCUUGUCACAGGAGGGAGAAUGGUGCUCAUUAUUUUGGGAAGAAUAGGCCAUAAUCAUGUUGAUAGAGGCAAUUCUUUCUUCUGGGAAAUUCUGUCAAGAUGCCUCGCCAUAUCAGUUUCUCAGGGAGAAAUUGAAGAGGAAAAGCUAGAUUGUUAUGAUGUCCAUUUUUAUGCAGCAUCAAGAAAUGAAAUAGAAGAAGAAGUGAGAAGAGAAGGUUCCUUCGAAUUGGAAAGGGUAGAAAUGUUUGAGAUUGAGCGAGAAGUUCAGAGGGGAGAGAGCUAUGGCACAGCAGUGGCCAUGACAGUGAGGGCAAUCCAAGAAUCCAUGCUUUACAACCAUUUUGGAAAUGGGAUCAACUUAGAUGCCUUGUUUAACAAUUAUGGGAAAAUGAUAGAUCAAGAAAUGGCUAAACAAGAAAUUAAACCCAUCACUUUUCUUCUUGUUCUUAAGAAAUUAUGAUAUGGUAUCAUGUUAGAUAUAUUACAUGAAACUUGAAUUUAAACCCCAUCAGUUUUGUUGUAGUUAUUAAGUUUCAAACCUCAAUUAAGUACAACAAAAACCCUGUAACAACUAAGAAAUUUAGAUGCAACUGAUAUUUUAGUCUCUAUCUUAUUUUCACUAAAUAUUAUAGACAAACCGAAAAGAAAUGACAUAAUAACUUAUUUGGCUCCUUUCA